AUGGCAGAUGAAUAUAACUUUGCCACCCCAGCUCGAACUCGAGUCAUGGUGGUGCCAUUGAAUGCGGCAGACACCCACUUCCACAGCUACUUUGACAAAAUACGAAAUGCCAAUGACAUACGUCUAUUGGAUGUGGCAGCUUUGCCAGAUUGCCGUCAGUUCAAUCCACAAUCUUUCCCCCAAGGCAGAGUGCUUUAUGAUUUUUGCACCUCUCAACCUGACGAGGACAACCUGUUUCUUCAUGAUUUUGAGCCUUUCAGAAAAACCUUUGUGGUGCUUGGCUUGGGUAGUUAUGAAGAUUUUGACGAGAAUGCUGCCGAAAUUUUAGCACAAGAACAGCCAACAGCCAUUGUACACAAUUGCAUCUACUUCAAUGCCUCCUCUGAAGAUAUUGAGGCUCAGAAACACAGCACAAAUUCUUCACAGAGUACAUUCUUUGUACCUUCCAUUGAAGACCAGAAUAUCACAACUUUAGAGACCACCAUGUGCAACGUCACAAAAAACUACAUAAAGGCGUUAUCAUCCUACGUAUCCUCGUAUGAAAAUAUCACCCUUCGAUCUCCUGUGUCUUUGAGGGACGGUACAGCCUUGCACAAGACUAUCACUUAUGCUCAAAAAAAAGUCAACUCGGGCUCAUCUUUUAAGGUGUCGUUUGCCAAAGGUCAGCUGCUUCCUUCAUCGACACCGGAUACGAAAGUGAAAGCAUCUCAGAGACAAACUGGGAGACAGGCCAAGCUAAUUGGUAACUUUUUACUUCUUGCAGGCCAAGCGAGUGAAGCCUCACAGUACUUUACGGACGCAGCUAUCAAUCUUAAAAAAGCCGAUGAUAAUCUAUGGUUGGGAAGUGCUUUAGAAGGGCUCGCCGUUUCAUCUCUAAUGCUUUCAUACCUAGGCAUACCUCACCAGCUACAAAAUCCAAUGCUUGCCUCUGUAUUGCACGUUCCGAAAAGCAAACUAUCUUCCAUCAACACAUAUCAGAGAAGAAUAUCGACAGAUUCGGUGAGUAGCAAACAAUCAAAUGGCGUAACUUCACCGCGGCCUUCUACUAGUAGCUCUGCUGGUGCAAGUCCCUUACAAAAUUCCCAUGUCGAGCUUGGAGGAAUGUCUCUUACGGAAGUCUUGAGGCUAUUAUGCAAUAAGGCAGCAUUAUUUUUUAGUCUUAGUGCAGCAGAUUUUGAAAACUGUGUUCCUGAUUUAGUUUUCAUCGAAUUUCUUUUGAGAAGCACCAAGUUGUUUAUCAGCAUUUACUUAGCAGGUGGAGACUCAGAAGUUGCUGUACUCGAGAACGUAAUUAACUUUAUGCCUAUUGCUGCAUCCUCUGCGAAGGACCCUGUUUUGAGGGCUGACAUCAUUGCCCUCAUAAAUCAAAUUUUUACCAUGCAACUUAUAGAUUUGGAUCUUGCGAAACAAUCCAAAGUCUAUUGUACACUAGCGGCGAUAUACUCGGAUUUAGGAUUGCGCCGAAAACGUGCAUUUAUCCUACGUAUUUUACUUGUCGCUCUUCUACCCAAGCUCAGCCAGAGAGCUCUCGAUCCGGAACUUGCGACCUCUGAUUCAUUACAGAGUACCUUUGAAUAUCUCUUCGGGAUGUACAACAUCGGACGAGAGACCGAGAAAAACGGGAAUGAAGCUAUGGGCCAUUACUCUGACUGGAUCACACUUCAACUUCUGCUAUUGAAGAUUUGUCUCAGGAUAUCUGAAGCCACUAAAGAUUACGAAGUAUUAGCAAAAUUAUGUGUAUUGAUCUUGUCGAGAUAUACACAUUGUUUACCAAGCGAUGACCAGAUAAAGUUGAAGCGUAAGAUGGAUUGGUUGGCUUUGCUCUCCAAGGAAAGCCACAAUUCGAUUAUGAUACCACAUCCGGAUCCAUUUAUUGUCAGAAACGCGAAGUUUGUUCUUCAGGAACUGCAAGAUGAGCUCGUUCCCUUUCAAUCUUCGACGACAUCAACAAUUGCUCACGCAGGUGACCCACUCAUAUUCAAUCCUUUCAACAAGCUGCCAAAAGAUGUUCCAUCGAAGGACAAACUUAUUAGUAUUGACGAGCCUCAUCAAGUCGUCAUUCUUUUACAAAAUCCAUUUGCAUUUGACUUGAAUAUCUCGAACAUUUCCUUAGUGAACGAUGAAGAUGGCACCAUAGAAUGUAUCAGAUCCCUGAUGAGAAUAGCAGCGGUAUCUGGAUUCGACAAAAAUGAUCUUACCAAAAUCAAUGGCGGAUUACUGUUUCCGCCUACGCAUAUGUUAGGAAACGAUAGUCAACUGCAUGAAAUCCCAAAAAAUUUGACUAUUCCCCCCAAUUCCCUCUGCCAUGUCGUACUAGCUUUCACGGUAACUGAUCCAGGUUUGUAUCGUAUCUCGUCCAUCGAUAUCACGUUUGGCUCUUCCCAACCACAGAGAUUCGCGAUAGUUGACCUGGAAAAGAUUAAAGCUUUUCAAAGAUUGGACUGCUUUUCCACGAGGCUAGACAUCAAUCAAAGCUCUUCGAUUUUGGACAGCUGCGCUAAAAAUCUCGUGACUAAGGAUAUUGAAGAUCGAGCGACAAAAAGAAGCUUCUCUUUAACUGCUAUCCCACCCCAACCGACACUAUCACUUGUGGAGAAUCUGAUAGCCAACGGAUGGAUCAUGUUACUUGAAGGCGAACGAAGAGAAUUUUCUAUAAAGCUAAGUAACACGUCGGAGCUUCCUAUCAAUUACUUAUCUUUCUCAUUUUGGGAUUCUACGAAUGAUUCAAUAAGUGCAAAAUUAACCCACUUCAGUAACAACAACCAACUACUGGCGGAGGACAUGUAUGAACUUGAAUGGCAGCUUUUGAAAAACAAACCUUUUUCGGUCGUGAAUAAGCAGGAGAUUUCUUCUAGGUAUAAGAUCAUACAGCCUCAAGCGGACGUUGAAUUCAACUAUCAAAUCAAUGGAAAGAGAGGCAUGUCCGAACUGAGACUAAUCUUGGAGUACUCGAACAAAUCGACAAGCUCUGAUCAAAGAAGUUAUAUAAAGACAUUAAGUGUUCCGCUCAAUGUUACAGUGCAGCCCUCUUUAGAAGUUAUUGGAUGUGACGUGAUUCCAUUCUUUUCCACAUCAUUGCAGGGGUUUAAGCUACCAGAUAGUUCAGGUGGCAAAAGCUCUUUUGAGAAAAACAUAGGCGAUCUUCUCAAAUUCAUUUCAAAGGCCAGGGAAACUGACGAUGAUGAAAUAGCCAGAUAUUGUCUUUUGGUCCUUGACGUGCGAAACUUGUGGAAGGAGAAAUUAAAAAUCUCGUUCUCAAACGAAGUUCAUUCAGGAACCACGUUUGAUGUUAAUGAGAUUAUUGAUUCUGCAAAGACUAACCGUAUAUUGAUGCCCAUUCGAAGAAUAAGUUUCGAAGAUCUCGACGUGAGCGAGCCUAUACCUUCAUUACGCAAGAGGCAAUUCAUCAAGAAUUAUGCUAUCACAGCUGAAGAAGAUGAACAAAACCGAAAAAACUUCUGGAUCAGAAAGACGUUGCUCGAGUCGAUUAGUGGAAAUUGGCACACUGCGACCAGUAACAUCUAUAGGUCAGGUUCCAUAGACUUGAGGACCAUACGCUUAAACAUCAGAAUGACAAACGCUUUGGUGUUUGAUAAUAUCCUGAUCCAGCACAGCAUAAUGAGUGCUGAAGGUCCACCUCAGCGAAUCGACAAGAAACAAAACGAAUACAUUUUGAAGAAAGAGCACUUCUACAAGCUCAAGACAAAGAUUACCAAUCAGAGCAAGAAAAAAAUAUUUGGGGUACUAAGACAUGUGCCAUUCCCGUCCACGGAAUCAAGUAAACCUGAUAUUUCAAUUGAUCAGCGCAUAUUCUUUAACGGUGUCCUUCAGAAGAGCGUGGGACCCAAUGGUAUCGCAUCGGGCGAGUUCAUUGAGCAUGAUUUGGGUUUCUUGAUUCUUGAGAAGGGUCGCUAUGAAUGGGGUUGCUUCUUCGACAAUUUUGAGAGCCCCAGCAAAAAGACAGUGGGAAGAGAGCCCGUCUAUAUCACAGUGAUUUGA